AUGGAUCGUAGAGAGAUAGUAACAUAUUGUGGUAGACCAAAUGGGGGGUCUACAUUAGUACCAUAUGAAUAUCCUAAUAAUCCAAACAAAAAUAAUACCCCAUUUGAAAUACCUGGAUGUCCAGUAUUUGGAAUAUUUACUGCUACCGUUGUAGGUGUACUUUGGCUACUUUUCUCAUUAACUUUACCUGCAUAUCACUAUACUCGUAUUGUAUUUCCAAUUGAUAACUAUAUGGACUUAAAUUUUGGUUUAUGGACUUUAUAUGCAUCUUCAAAUUGUGACUCCAUUAUUAAUUUUAAUGUUAAUCGUGAAAUAUGUCGGCGUGUAGUAUCUCAUAUGGAUAAUUUGAGCCUUGCUGAUGCAACCAACUUUGUAUGUAGUUUAGAAGCAGGUAUACUCUCUUUGUUGAAUUUAGGAUGUAAUGAAUUUCAUCUUAUAAGACAAGGCUCUGCGAUAUUGAUUAUAAUGUUUACAAUGUCAGUUAUAUUACUUUUCUUUGCAUCUAUUUUUCUUUUAACAUUUUGGUUUUGCUAUCGAACAAAACGUGUUAGGCAAAGCAUAUUUAUGUUACAUUUUACAGCAGCAUUAAUUUGUAUAUUAGGAAUGGUCGGAUAUCUUCUUGUAGGAGGAUUAACUAUACAGCCAUUCCGUGAUUCUUCUAUGUUUGGUUUAGGUAGUGGAUUCAUAGCUCGAUUAUUAUUUGUGGAUAUAUCACGUUCAUUUGACUUAUCAACUGGAUUUGCUUUUGCAGCUUUUGGAAUGAUUUGGGUUAUACUUCUUCCUUUAUGGUCAAUAUGUGCUUUACCUCCUACUAUGUGUGUUGAUAUAUCUGAGGUUGAUGAUGAACUGGCUCAAGAGCAGGAGAAUUUUGCAAAAUUAUUAGAACAGGCCUCUAAUUAUCCUUACUAUAACCAGCAAAGUUCUCCACAAUCAUCUUAUAAUCCAAAUAUAUAUGGCCCUAAUAGGGGUUACCAAAUGCAACCAGGUAUAACUUACUAUUAUCAACCACAAUGUAGACAAUUCUAUCCGCAAUAUCCAAUGCAAUAUCGAGGAUACUAA